GUGGGGCCUAGUUUUGUCCCGGGACGGAGGCUGGUGGAGGAAGGCUCCUCUCCCCCAUCCCUAACCCACCCCACCCCACCCCACCCACCCACCCCUCCAGAGCCAAGGGAAAGAGUAACAAGCAACGGGGACCACCGAGACCGUGACUCCUCCUGGAGGCCUAGAGCAGUCUGAGGCCAGCCGACGGCCCGGAUUGGGCGGCUCCCAGGGGCGGGGUGUCGAAGCAUACUUCCGUCCAGGGAGGGCGACCUCGGGAGGGGUGUUGAGGCCUUUGGAGCUCGGCCGUACUGUGCCCGGCUGCGGAGCUGCCGUGUCCACGUUUCCUGCACUGCCUGGGAGCAGAGGCUCAGUGUGAUUCUAAGGUUCCUGUCUACCUCCAGAGGAAAGCCUAGGAGGCCAGGUGACCAAGCUUCUACAGAGUAGCUACCAGCUCUGCCUGCCCUCCAGGUUCCUGCACAUCUUCUGAGGGGACCCCCAGGAGACCAGGUAAUGGCAGCUGAGCUCCUGCCAGCCUGGUCCCAGGUGUUGGUGACUUUCACGGAUGUGACUGUAAAUUUCACCCAUGAGGAAUGGAGUCUUCUAAACCCUGCUCAAAGGGGUCUUUACAGGGACGUGAUGCUGGAGAAUUAUGAGAAUAUAGUCUCAUUGGGGUUUCCAGCGUGUGAACCUGAUGUAAUCUCCUAUUUGGAGCAAGGGAAAGAAGUAUGGGUUUUGGACAUGCAAGAAGCUGAAGAGAGAGAGAUCAUGAGAGGGGACUGCUCAGGUUGUGAGACCAGGACUGAGAAUGAGGAGUUGUUGAUAAAGCAGGAGAUUUCUGAAGAAGUGGAUUCCCAGAAUAUGAUACUAGAAAGAAUCAUAGGGGAUGUUCCCCAUAGCCCUAAAUGUAGAGAAGCCUGUGAAUCUGAGGACAGGUCAAAGGAUGAUUUACAGUCUUCUGCAGGUAAAUUCCUUUCUCACAAGAUACAGUUGAGGUCAAUGACAGUGAUGGAUCAAAAUCCACCUGAAGAAGAGAAAGACCAGAAAUGUAAUGAAUUUGGAAGAAACCUCAAUUUGAACUCUAACCCUGUUAGAAUUUCCUCAAGAGAGAAACCCCAACAAUAUGAUAACAUGGACCAAAAAUCAAAACAGAAUUCAGACCUAAUUAUACAUCAGAAAAAUCAUACAGAAGGGAAAACCUAUAAACCUAGAAUAUAUGGAAAACAUUUAAGGCAGAGUUCAACCUAUGUCAAGCGUCAGAGAAAACGCACAGAUAAAGUCUAUAAAUGUAAUGAAUGUGGGAAAGCCUUCAAACAGAGUUCAAGCCUCAUUAGACAUCAAAGGAUUCACACAGGAGAAAAACCCUAUGAAUGUAAUGAAUGUGGAAAAACAUUCAUUGCAUCCUCAAAUCUUAUUCAGCAUCAGAGGGUUCAUACUGGAGAAAAACCAUAUGAGUGUAAUGAUUGUGGAAAAUCCUUUAGCCAGGGGUCAAGCCUAAUUCGCCAUCAGAGAAUUCACACUGGGGAAAAACCAUAUGAGUGUAGUGAAUGUGGGAAAGCUUUUAAUGUCUCCUCAAACCUAAUUCAACAUCAGAAAAUUCACACUGGAGAGAAACCCUAUUCAUGUAAGGAAUGUGGAAAAACUUUCAUCCUAAAUUCUUAUCUUAUUAAUCAUCAGAGAGUUCAUAGUGGAGACAAAUCCUUUGAGUGUAAUGAAUGUGGAAAAGCCUUCAGUGAUCGUACAUCUCUUAUUUAUCACCAGAGAAUUCAUACUGGGGAGAAACCAUAUGAGUGUAACAAAUGUGGGAAAGCCUUCAGUUUGAGUUCAGGCCUCAUUAAACAUUUGAGAAUUCAUACAGGAGAAAAACCUUAUGAGUGUUAUGAAUGUGGGAAAAUCUUCAGGGCAUAUUCAAACCUUAUUCAGCAUCAGAGAAUUCACACAGGAGAGAAACCUUAUGAAUGUAAAGAAUGUGGAAAGACUUUCAUUCUGAUAUUCAGACAGAACUCUACUCUUUUUAGAUAUCAAAGAAUUCACAGUGGACAGAAACCCUUUCUGUGUAAAGAAUGUGGGAAAACCUUUAGUCAGAGCUCUAACCUAAUUGAUCAUCAGAGGACACACACUGGAGAAAAGCCCUAUGAAUGUAAUGAAUGUGGAAAAGCCUUCAGUUUGAGUUCAAACCUCAUUAAACAUCAGAGAAUUCAUACUGGUGAAAAACCUUAUGAAUGCAAUGAAUGUGGAAAAGCCUUUAGUGAAAGUUCUAAUCUUAUUAAACAUAAGAGAAUUCACACUGUAGAAAAACCCUAUGAAUGCAAGGAAUGUGGAAAAGCUUUUAGUCAGAGCUCACACCUUAUCAGACACCAGAGAAUUCAUACUGAAGAGCUACGGUAUGAAUGUAAGGAAUGUUAUAAAUUCUUCUAUUCACGUUCAUCUUUUAUUCAACAUCAGAAAAUUCAUACUGGACAGAAGCCUUAUGAGUGUAAUGACUGUGGGAAAACUUUCAACCAGAACUCAAACCUUAUUAAGCAUCAGAGAAUUCACACUGGUGAGAAACCAUAUGAAUGUAAUGAAUGUGGGAAAUCUUUUAGUGUCCACUCAUCUUUUAUUAGACAUCUUAAAAUUCACACUGGUGAGAAACCCUAUGAGUGUAAUGAAUGUGGGAAAACAUUCAACCAGAACUCUAAUCUUACUAAACAUCAGCGAAUUCAUACUGGUGAAAAACCCUAUGAGUGUAAUGAAUGUGGAAAAACCUUCAACCAGAAUUCUAAUCUUACUAAACAUCAAAGAACUCAUAUUGUGCAGAAACCCUAUCAUUGUAAUGAUUGUGGGAAAACCUUCAGUGUGCUUUCAUCAUUUCUUCAGCACCAGAGAAUGCAUAAUGAAGAAGAUCCUAAUGAGCAAAAUGAAUGUGAAAAACCAUUUGAGUGUAAUGAAUGUGGGAAAGCCUUCAGCCAAAGUGGAAACCUAAUAAGGCAUCAGAAAUUUCACACUGAUGAGAGACCCUUUAAGUGUAAUGAAUGUGGAAAAACCUUCAGUGUGAGUUCUAACCUUAUUAAACACCACAAAAUUCACACUGGAAUAAAGCCCUAUGAAUGUAAUGAAUGUGGAAAAACUUUCAUUGAGAGCUCUAAUCUCAUUAAACAUCAGAGAAUUCAUACUGGGGGAAAAUUAUGAUUAUAAUUCUCACUGCUCAAACCUUAUUUAUGAUCAUAAAAUUCAUACUAGAGGGCAUGAAUAGUAUUGAUUUAUACCCAUUCAACAUUGGACUUUGUGAUGAAAUUGGGAAAGCCUUCUAAGCUUUUAGUUAACCAUCCAAACUUAUUUAACUCCAAAGUAGUCAUAUUGGAGAUAAAUGUAAUAAAACUGCCAAUUCAUGAGUUUUGCUCAUUCAGCUCACAAGGAUGUUCACUGAUUUGUCAGUGAGCUCCCCCAGCAAUUUACUACAUCAUGGUAAUAGAAUAGAUUUAGAGCUGGAAGGGAAAUUUAAAGAUCAUUUAGUUUAACAUUUUAAUUUUAUAGAAGUGAUGACUAUGAGACAGAGAAACAAUGCCCUGCCUAAGGUCAUACAAGGGGUAAAUAGUAGACUCAGAAUGCAAACUUGUGACUCCAAUUUUUCAAUUUUUUAAAUAACUUCCAAUAUAUAUAUAUAUAUAUUUUUUUUUUUUUACAAUUGGCCACCAUAAUGUGUAUGGUCAUUUCAAUCAUGUCAGACUCUUAAUGAUGCCAGUUAGAAUUUUCUUGGUAAAGAUACUGGAGUGGUUUACAUUUCCUUCUCCAGCUCAUUUUACAGAUGAGGAACUGAGGCAAACAGAGUUUAAGAAAUUUACCCUCAGGAUCACACAGCUAGUAAGAAUCUGAAGCCAGACUUGGAUCUAAGUCUUCUUGAUUCCAGGUCCAGCACUCAAUCCAGCACUGCACCAACCUAGCUGUCACUAUACUAUACUACAGUAUAAUUUUAUAAUAAAUUAUAAAGAACAAAUGUGACUAAAACAGUUAAACUUAGGCCCUUUAAACACUGAAUUUUAAGAUACCUUAAUAUGAUUUUCCAAAAGUUAUAUUUUAGGGUAUAAUAAUAAGGAUACCUGAGUUUUAUAAAUCUUUAAAGAUUACAAAAUGCUUUAUAUAUAUAUUAUCUCAUCUGACUUAUAUAACAACCCACUGAGGUAUAAACUCUAAGUGUUGUCAUUUUACAUAAGAAAAUAUCUUCUCUGAGAAUGCCUCACAGCUAGUAUAUGUCAGGUGGAAUUCGAAACCAAAUCUUCUUGACUCCACUAUACCACAUUGACUCCUUAAUUUCAUUCUUAUCAUUCCUUUUUCUUUAUUAUAUCUUCUCUGAUAGAGAAACUAUGUAUUUUUCAUUUACUGUGGCAAAACAACUUUUUUCACCACAUUUUGUUUUCCAAAUGUUUUGCUCUGUUGGAAGACUCACAAUUUCCUUUGCCUGAGGGUGUUUAUUUGAAUCCACUGCUAGGGCAGUUAGGCUAUUAGAAAUAUUAUAUAUUGACACAUUUGGCUUCACUUGAGUCAGGGAGUAAAUGAGAUUACAGUCUAGGGGAACAAAGGAAUAGAAGAAUAAAAGAUAGGAAGAGGUAGUCCCAAAAAUGAUUUCCUAAACCCAGGUCAGGAAGUUAUGAGAAAGCAGGGUUAAGGGCUUUGAUGUGAAGUUGGAUUGACUUCUUUGCACCAGAUGCAUUCCAGAAGAAUUGAGUUCAAGACUCAGAUCCAUUACUACCUGCUAUACUUGAAGGUGUGUGCAUGUGAGGAAAGGUGGAAUUUGGUAUCCCUUUUCUACCAGCUAAGUGAUGUAAAGAAAGGAGGCAAAUAAUAGAACUAAGGACCUAUUCAUCUGUUCACUCUGUUAUCUCUUUGUCAAAAAAGGUCUGAAUUGAAAGUGGAGUUUGGCACUGGCAAACCUUAGUGACACCCUUUGAAUAGUUGAAGAAUUCAAGGUAGGGGUUAAUGGAGUGUGACCCCUAUACCUCUCCUAAAAGGCAGAAGGGGAGAGGGGGAUUUUCUCUUCUUGCCUCCACCAUUUGCCAUGGUGUCUUACUUACAUGGUGAGCUACUUGCACAACAGGAAAUGCUGAAUUCAUAAGGAAGUGGAAUUUAGAGAGCAAAAUAUCCAAUUCCAUAUCCGCUGCCUGGGAGGGAGGGCAGAGACAGACUCACAUCCCCUCAAAUACCUCACCAGCUAUAUGAACAACUCUCUGAGCGCAUUUCUCAUUUGUAAAAUAGGGAUGAUAAAAUACUAAGCUGUUGUAAGUAAAUCACUCAUCCUUAAAGCACUCUACAGAUGUGAAAUACUAUGAGUAUAGAUGAGAUAUAAGGAGUUCAAAGCAUUUUGUAAACCCUGUUCUUGAAGCUCUGGAGCUUGUAUCAACUCUAAAAGAUUUUGACAUCAAAUUCUUUGUGUAAGAUUAUUAUUAUAUUAAAUUUUAAAGAAAGGUUUAAAAUUAGUGUAUAGGUUCAUGUGCCUGUAUCAGUCAUUUCUUUUCAUAUUUGCUCUAAACGGCCAAGAUUAUUUAAUAUAUAUACAUACAUACAUGUACAUAUGUACAUGUACAUGUAUAUAUUUGCAUAUAUGAUGUAUGUAUCUAUAAAAAUAUAUACACACUGGAGAAAACUGAUUAUAAUCCUUGCUGAUUGCUCAAACUUUAUUCAUCAUAAUGAAAUUAAUAUAUAUUCAUAUGCAUAUUGGCUAAUGGUGUUUAACUUAACAAAAAUGUAUAUUUUCCUAUUAGAAGGAAAAAUUAGCAAAACAACUUAUAAUUCAAAUCAGCCCUGGGUUUGGUUUGUGUCUUCCCUCUCAAGCUAACUUUGUUGUAGAACUCCCACCUGGUAUAAGUAUUCCCUGAUUAUAGUAGCAGCUUCCAGGAGUGUGACUAUUAAGUAACUUCACACUGUUUGAAUUAUCAUGUUUCUGCCCUUUAAGCCUCAUUUGGCUCAGGCCCUGAUAGCUUCUUUGUCAGCCUACAAGUACAAUUCAGUCUCUUAUUCUCUCCCUCUCAGGGGUUCUCAAUUUUUUUUUUGUCAUGCAUCCCUUCUUAGAAUUUUUUUAAUGCACAAAAUAAAAUAUGCAGCAUUACAAAGGGAACCAAUUAUAUUAAUAUAUUAUUAUAUGUUAAAAUAUAUUAUAAAUAAAUUAUAUUAAAAUACCAAAAUAUCUUUUAAAAUAAGUUCACAGACCCUGCCAUCAAAGGAUGAAGUGUCAGAAAGAAAGGAUGCAGUUUUCCUGGAUCUAUAUAAUUUAUAGUUUCUUGCUCUGUAAUGUUUACUUUUAUAAGAGAAAAAAUAGUCUAGCCCUAGCUCUGCCACUAGCUAGGCUAGCUAUGUAACCUGGGGCAAUUCACUUCUUCCUAGAUCUCAGGUACCUUAACUAUGAAAUUAGAGUGUUUGGCUCUAUGGUCCUAAGUUCCUUUAUGUACUUCUACUGCCACAGUUUGUCCCUAAGUCAGAAGUGGGAAUUUUAAAAUGUUUAACUCACACUAUGCCUACCACCUGCUUUCUUUGCAUAUCACCUCACCCUCCACAUAUGGGGUUUAUCUUCCAUUCAGGACCCAUGAUUAAUAUUCUCCUGCCAAAUCUUCCCCAGUUGUCCCAGCCAAGUGUAAUCUCUCCUCAUUCUCAUUGCAAAGACUGUCCAGGUGACCUCUAGUGUUAGGGGAGCUUCUCAUGCUGCUGGGCAAUCUAGCUGACUGGGGAAGAACCAGCAAAGGAGGGAAGGGAAUGGUACCAGUAAAGGGGCAUUCUACAUUCAGGAAAUGAGAUAUAGCUUAUAGAUGUAGACAUAACAUUUAAGUGAUUUUCUUGUCUCUAGUAGCAUUACUCUAGGCAUUUAUUGCUUGUUGAAUAAAUGAAUAUAGGCACUCUUCCAGACUAUAGUCUGAGGGAUCAGUUUAUCUUUUAGAGUUUUCUAUUUUAAAAUAAUAGUUACUUUGGCCAUCAGCAUUCUAGAUCAAGAAGUUGGACCAUUCAACCCUGGAGAAAUUCUGAAAUGCUAAUUCAGGAGAAAAAAACAUUAAUAGAGAAUCUUGAAGGAAGUUAAAUACAGCUUCAAUUAUUAUCCUGAUAAAUUGGAAUUUGAAUCUGUUUCUAAGAAUCUAAGAAAUUCAACUGUGUGAAAUCAUAGUUAAUGUGGUAUAAGAAGCUGGCCAGCUUCAUGUUAUUCAAUUCAAUUCAAUAAGCAUUGGCUCAAACACUGUCUAUAAUAUGGCAACGAGCUUGUUUGUUGCCUAGGAAUCCAAGAAUGCAGGGAGCAAGAACCCUAUAACAGGUAGCAUAGCAAUAAAGUAGAUGAAUGAGGCCUGCAGAUUCUCAAAAGUUUUGAUAACAUCUUUUUAGCAAAGAAACCCCAGCAUAGGAUGCCACAGCAAAGCUAAUAAUCUUCUGACUAAUAUCUGAUUACUUCAAGGAUUUACUGUUUAGAAAAAAGAAAGCAGACCAAUAUCCCUAGAUCAGUUUUGCAGAAAGCCACAUGGGGGAAAUAACUCCCCAGGUAUGCCAAAGUUGUUCCAAAGAUGCUCUUCUUAAUUAUGUAAUUCUCAUAGUAGCUAUAUCACUUUCCACAGCUUGUAAAAAUUGUAAGGUGAGAAUGAACAAUUUUGUUUAAACAUACUGCUAUUCAUUCAAAAUUUUGUGAUUAUUUGUGUUACACUUUAGAAAUGUGUUCAUACAUUCAAUAAAAAGUUCCAUAUUAUACAUUGUACAGAUAUAUCACAGUGCAUUAAAUAGUGAUCAAAUAGGGUGUCUGUGAUCUUUUAAAACAAAUAUGGACACUAAACAAUUGGUCAUUUCAGUUCAAUAAUUGUUUGGGGUUUUAAGAGGGACAAGAGUUAGUUAUAGGUUACUAAGGGUUAGCAAGUAUGGUUAGUAGGGUUACCAUGAGUUUAACUCAGAAGGCAAAUUUUAAUAUUCCCUUAAACAUAACUAUUUUGAGUACCAAGAUGGAAAAACUAAACUUGCAGACAUAGCUGAGUAAAAAGGCAUACACAUAGGUAUUUAAAGAGUAAGAUAUAUUAAGUUCAUUAAAUUGUUUUCUCAACUAAUACUCUUACUUGUACUAGGAACAAAACAUUCUUUUGUUUUUCAUUUAAACAAGGUUUACCCAAAUUAAUGUUCAGAUUUUUGCUUUUACUUCAUUAUGUCCAUUCCCUUUUUUAAUUAACUGAAACAUAAAUUGUGUAUAAGAUUGAUUCCAACAUAAAAUUCAAACAGGGAGCCAAAUAAAAAAUGUUAUAGCUGUUUGCUGAUAGCCUAUGAAAAGGGAAUGAAGAUUGGGGUUGAUGAAAAUCAAGACAAUGCUUUAAGUACUCACAUUUAGAAAACUAUCAUCUUCAGUUCUAUGCUUUAUUGUUAUACAGCAUCAAAAAAAAGUCUGGUUUCUUCAUGAAGAAGCAUUGCUCUUUCAUUUGUGAAUUUGCUCCCUUGGCUUCCUUUCAAAGAGCCCAAACAACAAACCCAACUUUGUUACAUCAUAUGGCCCACGUUUCUAAAUGCCUUUCUGAACCACUAGGUACAAUUACAUUCUUUCUUUUGCAGAUCUACAUCGGACUGAGUAUAUUGGAAAUGUUUUACCUAGUGAAUGAGUCUUUGAUGGCAGGGGUAUGAAUAAACUCAAAAUCAAUGCCUGGUUCAAAUGCCAUAUUAAUAAGGAGUAUUCUGAUAUAAAAUGGCAGUUUCUGUUACUUUUUCACAUCUAAAUUGGUGUAAGUAACAUCCAAAAGUUUUUCUGUUUGAACUCUGUUGAACUACAACAUGGCCUACCAUAGGAAGGUGUAGUUUUCAGAACUUUGCAGAAAGAUGCAUGGAGGGAAUCUAGUACUCAUAUGGAUGAAGUUGUGGAUCCUUGAACUAUAUGUGCAAAGCACUGUUCCUAUGGAAACAUUGGGGACAGGUUAGAUUUUUUCAGUUUACAGCAACAUUUCCAGAAUCAUAGCUUCCUGGAAGUACAAAGACUAGAUUUUAUGACCUGUCAUUGGCUAAUUUAUGACCAUUACGUAAAUGAGUCAGUCCACAUCCCAAUUUAAAACCCCCAUUGCAGGGAUCUAUGUGCCAUUAAACACCACACCGAAACAGCAAACAUGUUCAUCCAUUCACUUUCCUCUCCCUUUAGCUCUACACCUUCAUUGAUCCUUUGUCAUAGCUCCAGACCUGAUCUAGUUAUUUCAUGGAAAUCUUAGGAUCAAAUGUCUUUGCAAAAAUUAACCAGACUUUCCUGUAAACUGACAGAGAAAAGCAAUCAGAGCAUACUUAUUUACUACCUCCUUUAUUAUAUUUCCCAUUGAAAAACUCCAGUAUACUCAGUGGAAGCUGAAAUCCCUCUGACACUCUCUCCCUUUUCUCAUCCCACAAGAUGUGUCAUAAUCUUAUCUGAACAGUAAUGCUCCAAAUACUUCCUUACUUCUAUCAGUUAAAAAACAAAACAAAACAAAACCCCAAACCUUAACUACCCUAUCUUCCAUCUGCAAUGAUCUUUCUUUUCUUCUCCCUUUUUGCAGUCAAGCUCAAUCACAAAUAAUUUGUAGAAUGUUACUAUUUCCCCUGCCAAGGAAUGGCUGGGACACAGAUAAUCCAUUUCCCAUCUCCUUGCCUUUUCAUUGGCUAUUCUGGCUGGGAUGUUCCUCUUCACUUCUGCCACUUAAAUUCUCCAACUUCCUUCAAGGCUAAAUUCAGAUACCAACAUCUGCAGGAGACUGUCUUGUUCCCCAUAUCCUCAAUUUCUAGUGCCUUCCCCUUUUGGAUUGCCUUCCUUCUACUAUGUAUAUAUUUUGUAUGUGUCUACUACAUACAAGAUUUUGGUACUCCUUUGUAUCUCCAGUGCUGUAUUCAAUAAAUACUUAUUGACUAAUUGA